UUUUUUUGAGUUUGUGACGCAUUGCGAAUCUACAAGGGAGUUCAUCCAUAGCAUUGCAUUCGCCUUUCUGCUCAAAGCAUCAGAGUUGGAGUUGAAUCAGGUCUGUCACAAGGAAGGGCUACACUUCAUGCCGAAGCCCAGCAACUUUGGGCGAUUUAAUGACCUAAACUUCACUCUCACAGAUGCUCAAAAGGCAGAUGGAUGGCACUUUCCCAUGACCAAAGAACAAGAAUGGGACAAGUUCGGCUAUGUGGUCAGGGACCAGACACGGUUCCGCCUGCAUGUACAAGAUGGAUUAGUAGAUGUCGUGGAGGACUACCUUGAAACAGAGAAGAAGGAUUUGAUCGACAUCAACCUUGCGGACAAAGAUGGCAAAACACCACUCAUGGUAGCAGCGCGGAAUGGACAUGCAAAGGUAGUUGCCGCCCUACUGAAAGCAGGGGCUGACAUUGGCUUGGUCGACAAAUCGGUCAAGGACCAGAAGGUUACUGCAGUUGAGUAUGCCAAGGGAUGGCCUCAUCAAGUAGGCAACGAGAGACGAGAUGAUUGCUUGGAGAUCAUAUCAGAAUUUCUGAGGACUGGCCAAGUCCCAGACAUUCUUUCAGUCCCUGAGGCAAGAAUGUGAAAGGCAUUGAAUCAGCCGGAAUGAGGCCCUGCCACUGUGAAAUGAAAGUCUCCUUGCAAAGAGCCAGAGAGAGAGAGAGAGAGAGAGAGAGAGAGAGAGGGAGAGAGAGUGCGCAGCAGGGGUAGGCUACGGCUGAGCAGAGUCAAGAGUUGCUUCCAGAAAUGAGUGCGAAAAAAA